UGAUUUGUAUUUGACAACUGUUGAUUUGUUGCUACGUUUUUUAGACUAAACUCUGUCCCUCCUUAUCACUCCCUCCUCCGUCGAUCUUCACGGCGCUGCAUCUUUUCCAUCUCUACGUCCACGAAAUUAGGGUUUACAGCCUUCACACGGCCUAGCUCCUCCGUUAUCUUCAUCCUCUCCUUUGCAUCUCGAGCUUUCCGUUUCUAUGUUCCAUCGACUUGACCUAGAUUUGCCGGUGUUUCAAGGGUUCUUAGAUCCGAGGAGGUCCUGUUCCGAGCUCUGCUGAAUUCACCUCUCUCUGCAUACUCUUUCCGCAGACAUGUUUUGGAAGCUCCCAUCUAUAUCUGCCUCCUCUCCUGUUGAGGCAAUUUUGGAUAAAGAGAAUUUCACUUUAGAAGAACUCCUGGAUGAAGAAGAAAUUAUCCAAGAAUGCAAGGCCUUAAACAGUCGUCUAAUUAACUUCCUGAGGGAUAGAGCUCAGGUGGAGCAAUUGCUGCGCUACAUUAUUGAAGAGCCACCAGAGAAUGCUGAAAGCAAACGGACGUUCAAGUUUCCAUUCAUUGCUUGUGAGGUUUUCACGUGUGAAAUUGAUGUUAUUUUGAAGACAUUGGUCGAGGAAGAAGAGUUGAUGAACUUAUUAUUCUCCUUCUUGGAGCCUGAUCGUUCUCAUGGUUCCUUGCUAGCUGGGUAUUUUAGCAAGGUUGUUAUUUGCCUAAUGAUUCGGAAGACGGUGCCGCUAAUGAACUAUGUUCAAGCCCAUCAGAAUGUUUUUGGCCAACUGGUUGAUUUGAUAGGAAUUACAUCUAUUAUGGAGGUUUUGGUUCGCUUAGUAGGUGCUGAUGAUCAUGUGUAUCCCAAUUUUAUAGAUGUGAUCCAGUGGUUGGCUGAGAGCAACCUCCUAGAGAUGAUUGUUGAUAAAUUAACUCCUUCUAGUCCUCCUGAAGUUCAUGCAAAUGCAGCUGAGACCUUGUGUGCAAUAACUCGAAAUUCCUCAUCUGCUUUGGCAAUUAAACUUUCAAGUCCGAGUUUUGUUGCAAGAAUUAUGGACCAUGCGCUGAAAGAUUCACAGUCAAAGUCUAGCCUGGUUCACUCACUUUCAGUGUGUACUUCCUUGUUGAAUCCAAGAAGAUCAACCUUUCCACCUCCACUUGUUCCUUCUUUCCGAAGUCAACAGUUAUAUGAGGUUUCAACUCCCGUUAACCCAGAUACAGUUGGUGCAAUGCUCCCAAAACUUGGUGACUUGCUCAUGGUUUUAAAUGUGUCAACGGAUGAUAAGCUUUUGCCUACAACAUACGGAGAAUUGAGGCCUCCACUUGGGAAGCAUCGAUUGAAGAUUGUCGAAUUUAUAGCUGUGCUUCUGAGGACUGGUGGUGAAGUGGCUCAAAAGGAAUUGGUCAGCUCAGGAAUGAUCCGACGAGUCAUUGAUCUUUUCUUUGAGUAUCCAUAUAACAACCCGUUGCACCAUUAUGUAGAAAGUAUCAUAUUAAUCUGUUUGGAGAGCAAAAAUGAUGUCAUUAUUGAUCACCUUCUUCAAGAGUGUGAUUUAAUUGGGAAGUUCCUUCAAGCAGAUAAACAUCCUAUUCUUUCUGGUAUUGAUAAUCAGCCAACUGUACCUGCUGCUGGAAAACAGGCACCACGGGCAGGAAACAUUGGACAUAUUACUCGAAUAGCUAAUAAACUUAUUCAGUUGGCGCAUAACCAAAGCCACAUACAAGCAUAUAUUCAGGAAAAUAGUGAGUGGAAUCAAUGGCAAACUACUGUUCUUCAGGAGCGUAACAUGAUCGAGAAUGUUCAUCGCUGGGCUUGUGGACGUCCUACCGCAUUGCAAGAUAGAAUCAGGGAUAGUGAUGAAGAUGAUCUUCAUGACAGAGACUAUGAUGUUGCAGCUUUAGCAAAUAAUUUGAGCCAUCCUUUUAAAUAUAAUAUUUAUGGAACUGAGGAAAAUGAAGAGGACCAAAGAGGUCUUGAUCGUGAUGCUGAGGAUGUCUACUUUGAUGAUGACUCAGCAGAAGUUGUCAUAUCGUCCUUGAGACUCGGUGAUGAUCAGGGGAGUAGCCUGUUUACAAACUCCAACUGGUUUGCGUUCCAAGAUGACCGAAUUGGUGAUGCACCGGGGGGAACAUCAUCCUCUGAGAUGAUGGAUGAGAUUAACCUGAACGGGGCUGCAAAUGGUGGUAACAACAGUAGCGAUGAUGAAGUGGUGAUCGGAGAGGAUGAAGGUAUGGCUGAAAACAAAAAUACCAUGAAUGGCGCAUCGAAUUCAAGCACAAGUUUCUUCAGCGGUUUAACCGCCUUUGAUUCCAUGAAUGGUGGCAUUUUGAAUUUGGAAGGUGAGAAGGCAAGCGUGUCAAAUGAUAUGGGAUUCUUUGGGUUUGAAGCACCAGACAAUGAGGACUUAUUUGGGGAUAGGCCGCUACCUGAGUGGGUGGGAUGGGGUGAACCGUCAGAUAUACAAGUGGCUGGUUCAAGCACGAACCCCUUUUUGGAUCAUGAUGAGUCCGAUGGCAAUUCUUCCGCCAAAUCUCAAUUAGGUAGCCCUAGUCCUACGGCAAAUGGAGAGUCUGUACCUUCAAAUGGGUCUCCAACUAGAGAUUUUAAGGAGGUGGAUGGUGACUCGAAUCCAAAAACAGCAGCAGUACCCUCCCUCUUCGAAGAGGAUGUGGAAUUUGUAGGCGUGGAAUUGGAAGGUACUGAGAAGGCUAUGGAACUGGCUCUAAAAGAAGGAAUAGUUGGGGAAGCGGGACCUUUGAAAAAGAACCCAUCCCAAAAGGCGCCGGAGAGGGAGAAUUCUGAAGAAGGUGGACCUGGUAGUAUGAAGGAAUUCAAUGACGCAAAUUACUGGAGGGUGGACCAAGAGGUUGCGGUUCUGGAAUGAUGUCCUAAUGUUCUUGGUUAGCGAGGGCCUCCGCAGCUGAUUCAUGUACAGUAUAUUUUUGUUUUCCUUAUUGUCUGCUUCUGUCUGUUCCCGCAUUAGAUAUCAAGCUUGUUUAUGAUUUUCAGUUUUGCCUCUUCCUGUAAGCCACUUAUGGGUUCCCCACUAUUUAACGAAUUAUAUUUAGUUUCUCCUAUUUAAUCAUUCCCGUUAUGAUGCAA